AUAUUGUGUCUCAGUUGCGAUCUGAUUUCCGUGACGACAACAUUAGCCGCUCGUAUUUUUUUUACAAUAUAAUAUCACUUGUGUCCCGUGUGUGUUUAGCUUAUAAUGCUCGUUGAGCAGUUUAAAAUUUCUGUCGUUUAAAAGCGAUUUGGAUUGACGCAAACCAACGUGUGUAUAGGUAUGGAUUAAUUGAAUAUGUGCGUUUUUGUUAAAGGAAACUACUUAAAAUGAACGUUUGAACAUAAAACCGUUGAUAUUGAAUGUGACAGACAAAAUAAAAUGUUGACAAUACGAAAUGUUGUGGUGUUGAUCACUUUGAAUUUAAUGAAAAUCGGUUUCAUUGACUGUUUUGUUGAUUUGGAUUACUUAAAUCGGAAAGGAAUUUACCUGGACGCAAAAGUCGGAUCUUACGUACUACUCAACUGUCCGCUGGAUUUCCCGCAAGACAUUCCGAUCCCAUACAUUGUACAUUGGCAGAAAGACGAACAAAGAGUUUUCUCGUGGUACGAUGGAACAUUGAGAGCUUCAGACACGUAUAUCGGACGUAUAAACUUACUGGGAAAUCAUUAUGGUUUAGGACGAGCGUCAGUGAAUUUAUCGUCGAUCAGAGAAAGCGACACCGGUUGGUACGAGUGCAAAGUCCUAUUCCCGAAUAGAACCCCUAGCAUGACGAAAAAUGGCACUUGGUUUCAUGUAGCUGUUGAAGGAGGUUCACUAAUAAAAAUUCCGCCCAUCAAUCAGACCAUCAUGGAGGGAAAGACUGCAUUCUUCCACUGUGUUACUAAAAGACCGGACACCUCAUAUGUAAUGUGGUAUAAAGAUGGUGUAGCAUUGACGGAGCUGCAUGACCUUGCUCAGCGAUCUUUUAUGGGACCUGAUGGCAGCCUGAGCAUAGAUCCAACAAUAAUGAGCGACUUGGGAGAAUACGUUUGUGUGGUGAAAAAUACUGAGGGGGAAGAGCAGUCGGCUAGAGCAUAUCUCAAUAUUCAAUAUAAGGCGAAAGUUAUCUACGCACCGCAAGAAGUUUACCUACCAUAUGGUCAACCGGCCAUUUUGGAUUGCCAUUUUAGAUCGAAUCCACCCUUAACGAAUUUACGAUGGGAGAAGGAUGGAUUUCUAUUCGAUCCGUACAAUGUACAGGGAGUGUUCUACAAACGCAACGGAAGCCUGUACUUUAGCACGGUAGACGAGACGCAUAAUGGCAAAUAUUCAUGCACACCGUACAAUGAUUUGGGAACAGACGGACCAUCGCCACUCAUACAAGUGAUUGUUCAACGACCGCCUCAAUUCACAUUGAAACCGAAACCAAUUUACAUGACAAAGCUGGGCGAAACUGUAACGAUGAAUUGCGACGCAACCGACAGAGAUGGUUCACACCGAGCACUGAUACAGUGGACUAAGAAAGAUGGAACUGCACUACCAUUCUCACGGGUUACAUACGAAGGGAGCAACAUCACGAUCGAACGAAUCAAUGAAACUGAUCGCGGGAUAUACCAAUGCGUUGCUACCAAUGAAGCUGCAUCAAUUACAACUGACACUGAAAUUAUGAUCGAAAAUGUUCCGCCACGGCCACCGUACAAUUUAUCAGCCAACAGUACCGACUCGGCGAUUACUUUGCGAUGGGAGCCAGGUUACGUGCGGUCAUAUCUUGAAUAUGUUGUAUGGUACCGGCUCUCUGAAGCAGCUGAAUGGCGUACAAUGAAAUUACUGUCCCGACACCUGAUGGAAGCUACGAUAACCAACCUUUUACCGGGACACGAAUACGAAUUUAUGGUUUUGAGUCAAGAUCGAUACGGCGAUGGAAUGUUCAGCAAAGCUUUCAAAUAUUGGACAAAGCCGAUAGAUUUUUUGGACAAUCCAUCUGAACUGAGGGAGUCGCAUCAGGUGCAUCAAUUCGCACAAAUUGGUCCGCCACGUAAUGUGACCGUUGCAGAGAAGCCAACCGGUGAUGGAUUUGUUGUUUCAUGGGAUCCACCAGAGUAUGGACUCGAUUCGCUUCGCGUUUAUUUGAUACGAUGGUAUCGCGAACCGGGACACUUUUUGCACGGAACGGCCGAGACAAUAGAACACUACUACACAGUUAAACAUUUGAACGAGGAUCACGUGUACACAUUCCAAGUAUUUUCUCUAUCGCACACUGACUAUCAGGCUGGCAGUAAUGAAUUUGAGAUACUUGUUCCGCCGUAUCGACGUGUCAGGGCUAUUGCUAUUGGUACAACAUGUGGACUGUUAUUAAUAUUGACUGCGUCCGCUGUGUUCUUGUAUGUGAAGAAGAGAUGUUUUAAUCCAUACAAAGACACAAACGAAAAAAGUUGAAAUUUCAUUUUUGGUUUUCUGUUGUCGUAGGAUUUUAAUGUAACGCAUUUUGUGCUUUGGAAAUGAGACUUUUUGUGUUUUUUUUUUUCAUUUCACCAAAACUUAUGUAUACCAA